AUGACUACUCAAUUAUGUAUUCUAAGAUUUGGAACUCGCUUUGCUACCAACUUACUCUUCGUAAAUCAAAAAUGUUCAAUAUUUAGUCGUCAUUCAAUAACUCGAGGUUUCCAUUCUUCAAAUACAGCAUAUAAUGCGAGUUAUAAUGAAAAGGAAACUUUUGAAAAAAUUUUAAUUGCAAAUCGUGGAGAAAUUGCGUGUCGUGUCAUUCAUACCGCUAAAAAGAUGGGCAUUAAAACAGUUGCCAUCUAUUCGGAUGCGGAUGCGCGAAGUCUGCAUGUGCAAAUGGCAGAUGAAGCUGUUAAUGUUGUAACGAUUAAAUCAACUGGAGCACAAGCCGUUCAUCCUGGUUAUGGUUUUCUUUCUGAAAAUUCGACUUUUGCGAAAGUUCUGGAUGAAUCAGGUGUCACUUUUAUAGGACCUGGAGAAAAAGCAAUGGCUGAUUUAGGCGAUAAAAUUCAAAGUAAAAUCAUCGCUAAGGAAUCUGGUGUUAAUACAAUUCCUGGUUAUAAUGGAGUUGUUAAGGAUAUUGAUCAUGCAUUGGAAAUUGUUAAAUCUAUUGGGUAUCCCGUAAUGUUGAAGGCUUCUGCGGGAGGUGGUGAAGUUAUUGAUGGAUUCAAAAUUGCUUCUCAAGAAUCCCUGUCAAGUUUCGGUGAUGACCGUCUCUUAAUUGAGAAAUAUAUUGAAAAUCCUCGUCACAUUGAAAUUCAACUUAUUGCUGAUAAAUUCGGAAAUACAUUAUAUCUUCCUGAACAAGCGCCAAGUGUACAUUUAGAUCCACCUACACGUAAAGCUAUGGGUGAACAAGCUGCAGCAUUAGCCAGACGUGUCGGUUAUGUAUCUGCUGGGACAGUCGAAUUUUUGGUAGAUCCUGAACGUAACUUUUAUUUCUUGGAAAUGAAUACACGUUUACAAGUAGAACAUCCUAUUACAGAAUGGAUAACAGGACUUGAUUUGGUUGAACAAAUGAUUCGUAUAGCAGCCAACCAAAAAUUGACUUUUACUCAAGAUGAUCUCAAAUUUCAUGGAUGGGCUAUUGAAUCACGAGUGUAUGCGGAAGAUCCUGAAAAAUAUUUACCGUCUAUUGGUAGUUUAAGCAAAUAUAUCGAACCAAUUGGUUUUACUGACAAAAAUGAAGUUCGUUGUGAUUCGGGAGUUGUUGAAGGAAGUGACAUCAGUAUAUAUUAUGAUCCUCUGAUUUGCAAACUCUCCACUUAUGGAGAAACUAGAGAUAAGGCUAUUCAAUCAAUGCUGAGGGCUUUGGAUUCUUACAUUAUUAAAGGUGUUACACAUAAUAUUCCAUUAUUACGUGAUGUUAUUGGAAGUGAAAGAUUUGGUUCAGGAAAGAUUUCUACAAAGUUUCUUGCAGAAGAAUAUCCUGAUGGAUUUAAAGGGGCUACCCUUAAAGAAGAAUCAUUGCAUGAACUUGUCUCUAUCGCUGCAUUAGUUUAUGCCAAAAGAGAUUUAAGAAAUUGGAAUUGGAUUACUGGAAAAGAAUCCCUGUCCAAGGGUGAAUUGAAUGAAAAGAUUCCAAAUAAAUGGGAUCUUUACGUGAAUGUUAACAAAGAUUUCUCACCAAUUAAUGUAAAAGUGGAAAAGCAAAACAAAAAUGAAUUUUUGGUUACAACCGGGAAUGGACAAAAAGUUAUAACAACUGAAUGGCCAUUAGAAACACCUUUGAUUAAUGCACAUAUCUCUGAUCUAAAUCAAAAGAAAAAAACUGUUACUGUUCAAUAUUUGGAUCCACUACCAGUUGGUUUCCGACUUCGAUAUGUGGGAACAAAAUUUGACAUUACAGUUCAUACUGCAAGGCAACAUGAAUUGAGUAAAUAUAUGAUUGAAAAACCUAAACCCGAUUUCUCCAAGAUGAUAUUAAGUCCUAUGCCUGGUCGUGUUGUAAGCUUGGCAGUUACAGUUGGUGAUGUGGUUAGUCAAGGAGCUGAAAUUGCUGUAGUAGAAGCCAUGAAAAUGCAAAACGUAUUACGUUCAGUCCGUGUAGGUAAAGUGAAGAAGAUAAAUGUUAAACCAGGAGACGCGGUAGCUGCAGACGAAGUCUUGGUAGAAUUUGAAGAUACAGAAUAG